CUAAAAAGAUGCCAAGGUCAUAUAUACCUCUACAGGGGUGUAUAUAUUGUUGAGUGUGAAGCCAGGAAGCUAGGUGGAAGGUAACAGGAAAUUGGCAGGAAGCUACCUAGAAGCUUACGGCUUAAUCAUUGUCUCCCUAACUAAUCUCUAUUUAAGAGACGCUAAUGUACUUGUACUUGUGGUGCAAUAACAAAGAAAUAAAAUCCUCCUAGUUGCCCCGUGUGGACGUAGGUUGCAGUUGGCGACCGAACCACGUUAAAUCCUAUGUCGUUUAUUUUUCUGCAGUUGAUUCGUGAUUGUGUGUUGUUUUCGCGUGCGUUUAUCCCAACAAGUGGUAUCAGAGCGUUGGUUCGUCAACACCGGAAAUCCGAUCAGCAGAAACUAAUCAGAGGAGUGUCACCUAAAGAACCCUGUGUAGUAGCAGGAGCAUGUGUUUGGGCCGCUGCCGCCGGAGCACCACCAUCCCCGUCGAUCCACGGAGAGCUACCGCGCUUGAAUCGUGAAAGCCGCAGCAGGGAGUGAGUCACGAGAGACUCGCCGCUGCCGCCUUCAGAGGUGCAACCGCUAGUCUGUCCAGCCGCCGUCACUAGCCGCGCACAGAGGAGCAGCUCUAGUCCAUCCAGCCGCCACCACUAGCCACACCCAAAUCGGAGGAGCACAGAUCAGUGUUGCGAGCAGGGGGUCAUCCGACCGCUCGCCGAUCACUGACGCUCAAGAUUUCAUGCCACCGUUUCUUGCUUGCAGACCGCCGCCGCUGGGCGUUAGUUCGCGCAGUAGGCAGAUUCACCGUCGCUUGACCAUCGCGAGGGCGCGUCGCUGCAGCUGCUCAGCCGCGAGCCGUUGCUGCCGUUCAGAGCGCAAGUAGCUGCCGCCCAGGUUGUGAGAGCCACUGCCUCCGAUAUCAUCCUAGGCCGCCACGCAUAAUUCCAGCCUCCGUCAUUGUAUCCUAGCUACAGUGCCCGAUUUUCAAUUUUGAAGAUAAGAAAAGGUUGGUGCACAAUUGCCUUCCUUUUUUUUGGUGCUGAUUUGGACUUGUGGCAUGAUUUUUCAUUUUUUCUUUGGAAUUUGGAGAUAGUGGUGGGCCAGUAUAAUUGAUUGGUCUUGGACCAUAAUUGGUGGGGGGAAUUUUUCUGGGUGGUGUCAAUUUUUUAUGUCCUAGAUAUUUUUUUAUCUGAUAAAAAUAUCAAGAUCUGAAAUUAGUUGUACCGGGUAUCUCAUCUUGUCAUUGGAGAUGACAGAAGAUGGGAAGUUCCGAAUUGAGAAGUUCGAUGGUACAGAUUUCAGUUGGUUGAGAAUGCAAAUUGAAGAUUUGCUGGUUCAGAAAGAUUUGGACGUGGUAUUGGGUGACAAGUCAGAAAAGAUGUCAGAUGCAGAUUGGGCAGGUUUGGAUCGGAAAGCAAUGUCCGUGAUCCGACUCUCGUUGACCAAGAAUGUUGCGUUCAACAUUCUGAAGGAGACGACAGCGAAAGGUAUCAUGGAAGCGCUGUCUAACAUGUACGAGAAGCCAUCUGCGGCAAACAAAGUGUUUCUGAUUAGAGAAUUGGUGAACACAAGGAUGAAAAAUGGCACUUCAAUUACCGAGCAUAUUAACAAGUUGAAUUUGAUCUUAGCCAGACUUUUGUCAGUGGGCAUUAAGUUCGAUGAUGAAGUUCAAGCUUUACUACUAUUAUCGUCAUUGCUUGACACUUGGUCUGGAACUGUUACAGCAGUUACCAGUUCAGCGGGACCUGACGGAUUCACUUUAGAGAAGAUUCUGUUAGCCUUGAUUUGCUAAGCCUCAUGUUUUGAUGUUAACAAACAAUAUAAGAGCUUGACGUUUGUUUAAGUGUUUUAGGUACAACAAGAAUCCAUUAAGAUUCGGUACUCAAGAAUGAAGUUAAAACACCAAACUAGCGUAGAAUAUAGGUAGAAACCAAUGUAAGGAUAUGAUUUUAUAUACCUAUAUUCACAAGCUCAAAAACACUCACAAAAUAUGUUUAAAACCCUUUUAUAAUCAUUUUCAAACAUCCAAAAGGUUUUAAACAAAAUUGGAAAUGAUUUGGACAAAAAUGAAAAAAUUGUCAAAAUGGUCAUAAGGUACCUAGGUACCGUACGCACGGGACCCCCCUACCGUGUGGACGGGACCCCCCUACCGUAAGGGGUACCGUAAGAGAUAGGUACUGCUAGAGAGUUUUGGCCUGAGAAGGUACCUAGCUACCGUAAGCAUGGGACCCUCUACCGUGUUGACGGGACCCCCCUACCGUGACCGUUGGAUUACUGUUCAUGAUUUGUGAUUUUGACUUUAAUCAAUCCUAAUCACCUCCCAACGGCUAAUUAACAUCUUCCACUAUAAAUACAAGCCUAAUCC